AUGAGCGAGCGCGGGCUGCAGGUGAUCCGUGGCUCGCCGCCCCGGGCCUCCAUCGUGCGCCUCACUCGUUCGACGGCCCCUUCGCCAGAGGAGGUCUUGGUGCGAGUGCAGGCGGCGGCGCUCGCAGCCACGGACGUUCAGCUUUGCCAUCGCUCCUUUACUUCCGAGCCAUCGACCUUCAUCCCGGGCGUCUUUUUCACCGGUAAGGUUCUGACGCUGGGCCGCUCUGUGCGGGGCCUGCGGGUGGGUGAGCUGGUGCUGGGCAUCGCAAAGACGGAGGGAGAUGAGCCUGGUGGCUGCUACCGCGAGACAGUGUGCGCCCACUUCUCAACUCUGCUGCCGCUGGAGGGGCUCGUGGAGGCCAAGCUUCAGCCGGCCACUGUGCUGGCGCACGUGCCGCCGAUGAUCAGCGCGCUCACCUGCAUCGCCUCGCACUUGCGUCUUCAACCCUCGCAGGCAUUUCUGCUUAUCGCACCUCGGCUCAACGAUGUGAUCUUCAUCCUGCAGCGAUUGCUGAUCAGCGAGUCCUGGCAGGGGCCGCUGUACUUGCUGCUCCUCACCGGCCCUGCGCUGCGCAGGGAGGAUUUGGAGCGCCACGUGGCACUGCAGCCCCUGCUCUCCGGUGGCGUGCUGGAAGGGUCAAAGAACUUUCUGCAUGACAUGAUGGGCUUCUCAGUUGAGGAGCACAUGGACAGCUUCGCAAGCUCCGAGGCAGUGCUGGAGGAGUUGGUGGCCAAGGUGGCUUGGAAGGACCGGCAAGUGGACACUGCAGACUUGGAUGCGGCUUGUGUGGCCCUGGAGCCGGUGGCGAAAAGGAGGGCGCUGCUGCGGAGCAUGGUGAGCGCGCUCGCCCUGGGUGGCCGCCUGGUGACCAAUCGAGGGCUGGAGAUCUCGCCCGCGGAGGGCCAGCACCUUUGGGUCAAGGAGUGCUCAGUCUCAUUCUUCAAUCCUCACUGCAUGCCACUGUCCAUGCUGCGGCAUGGGGAGCUGCUGCAUGCAGCCGCGGAGGUGUGCGGACGGAUUGCUGCAGGCGAGCUCUGCGUGACGGACUCGGAGGUGGCCCAAUUCUAUCUCUUCGACCAGUUCCAGCAGGCGCUGGACGUCGCUAGCCGAGAGCAGGGAGGCCGAAAAUUCGCCAGUGGCCCUGAGCUUGUGACGCUGCUCCUGUGA